GUGAAGCGGGAGAAGCAGGUCCACAGCAGGCGCAGUUUCUUUGGCUCUUCACUCAACCAUGGAACAACAUCUGGUUAGCAAAGACACAUACUGUACGUCGGGAUGCUCUGUAUGGACUACAGCUCGGCAUUCAAUACUACCAUCCCCUCAAAACUAAUCUAUAAGCUUAAAGACCUUGGCAUCCUUGUCUAAUUGGGGCCUUGAUUUCCUCACUUACAGUCUCCACAGUCAGUAUGAAUCAGCAACAACUUCUUCAUGAUGUCCAUCAGCAUAGGUGACUUAGCCCCCUGUUCUACUCACUGUACACUUAUGACUGUGAGGCUAAGCACAGCUCCGAUGCCGUAUAUAAGUUUACUGACAACAUCCCUGUUACUGGCCAAAUCAGAGGUGGUGACCAAUCAGCAUAUAGGAGGGAGACUGAAAAUCUGGCUGAGAGCUACCACAGCAACAACCUCUCACUCAAUCUCAGCAAGACCAAGGAGCUGGUUAUUGACUUCAGGAGGAGGAAACCAGAGGUCCGUGAGACGGUUCUCAUCGGGGAAUCAGAGGUGGAGAAGGUCAGCAACUUGAAAUUCCUCUUUCAAAUUUAUCUUUUCAGAGGAUCUGUUCUGGGUCCAGUACAUAAUGCCAUUAUGAAGAAAGCACUUUGGAGCCUCUACUUCCUUAGAAAUCUGCGUAUACACAGCAUGUCAAAUAAAACAUAGACAAAUUUCUAUAAAUAUGUGAUGGAGUAUACAUGAAUGCUUGUAUCACUGCCCGGUAUGGAAACGCCAAUUCCCAGGAACAGAAAAUCCUACAAAAAGUAGUGGAUACAGCCCAGUGCAUCAUGGGAAAGCCCUCUGAACCACUGAACUAAUCUACGUGGAGCACUGUCACAGGAAAGCAAUGUCUAUCAUCAAGGACUCCCACCAUCCAGGCCAUGUACUCCAUCAGGAAGAAGGCACAGGAGACUGAGGACCCACACCACCAGGUUCAGGAACAGUUAUCACCCCUCAACCAUCAGGAAGGAGGUACAGGAGCCUCAGGACCCACACCACCAGGUUCAGGAACAGUUAUCACCCCUCAACCAUCAGGAAGGAGGUACAGAAGCCUCAGGACCCACACCACCAGGUUCAGGAACAGUUAUUACCCUUCAAGCAUCAGGCUCUUAAACCAGAGGGGAUAAAUUCACUCACCCCAAUACUGAGCUGUUGGACUUACUUUCAAUGACUCUUCAUCUCAUGUUUUUGAUAGAGCGUUGAACAAGGUGAAGAUGGGGAAGAAAGUGGAGAAAGUAGCAAAGGAGAAAGUAGUCACCUCUGUGGAGGAGGAAGGCCCGAGGAACCCUGAGGACUAUGUGUGCACCGGAAACCUGGAGGUUGACUUCACUGAACUUUGCAACCGAAUGGAGAUCUUGGAGUUCCCCCUGGUGGUUCCAAGGCACCCGGCCGUCCCCCUCGGUGGAUUGGCUGAUGAGAUGCAGUCUCUGUCAGCUUCAGAUAAAAGCACUCCCUCAUCGGCUGCUGUGGGCAAGGAGCACAUCUCUUUCUUCAGGCCCUGCGUACAGGUGGAGAUGGAAAGUGAUGACCCAAAGCUGGUGAAGGCCAUUUACAUCAGAGCAUGGAUGAUCGAUCAAAGAUACAUCUUCAUCUUUCAGAAGUGCCUUCCUGCCCUCGUUGCUCUGCAGACAGUAAGUCUCUGGAACGUGGGUCUGACUGAAGCCACCUUCACUGCGCUCGUUGCCAUCCUGCGCCAGUGCACCAGCCUCAAGUCUGUGGUGCUGGACGGAAAUCCAUUCGCCCACCAGCCUUAUUACCUGCUGAUGAAUGAAGACAGCCAAAUUCAACACUUAACUCUGAGGAACAACCAAAUAGAUGAUGUGGGCGCAAAGCUGAUUGGGGAAGCACUUUCCACACCCAGAAAGUGCAACAAGACACUGCUGACACUGAAUCUCAACUUCAAUCACAUCACGGACAAAGGAAUAGGCUACAUUGCUGAAGGUCUGCGAUUGAAUCGGUCGCUGCUGUGGCUCUCCGUCGCUUACAAUCAAAUUGGGGAUGAAGGAGCAAUAAAACUGGCUAAGGUUCUGAGUCCAUUUGCACUGACCCACGAGGAGAUCGUGGAGAGGAGACUCCUUCAGUCCAACUCUCAGGAGAGCCCGAGAUCGUCCUCUCUGCGGCGGCCAGAGUCAAAGAGUGAUCGCAGUAGCCAGAUUGAAAGUAGCACUGCCAUUGACAAGUCACAGAAAAGUGCCAAGAGUGCCAUUAAGAAGAAGGAUAAGAAAGAAAUGACCUUUCUGGAGAAGGCAACUCCAUCCAUCACACAGGUUAUACCGAAGAAAGACGACUUCAAGAUGUUGAAACGAGGGUCCAUCGCCGCUGAACUGAAGUUAAGCAAGACCAAAAUGACCCGGUCAGCAAAGGAAAAGCGAAAUGUCUGGGCAGAACAAGAGACCCAGGGCAUCCAGAACCCAUUACUGGAACCUGGUGAACAUCAAGAUGGUCAGGUGUUCCUAGCAGGGAACAUUUGUCUCAUGAGUUUGAACCUGUCACACAAUCAUAUCACUGAGGUUGGUGUCAAGGCUUUGCUGGCCGCGCUGAAAGUGCAGAUAAGCCAAGCCAGGCCUGCUGUCGACGGGAGGAGCGUCAGCGGGUUACUGCGGCUGGUACUGACGAAGAACGCAUUCCCGGUGACAUGCGAGGCCUACACCAGUCUUCAGGAGCUGAUCGUAGCCCGCGAUCCCAUGUCCAAACACCACGUGGUCUGCAGCCCGCCAUCGACUCAUGGGGAAAGCCAGCUGCAGGGCUAGACUCACCGGACCCAGUGAACCAAUCACCCUAGGUCCAGCCAGCAGGAUUCUGCCCUCAACCGGUCGCAGAGUGGACCCAGUGAAACUCCACCCCAGGUCCAGAACAGUCCAGAAACGUUGCCACCUGAUCCUCAUGCUGAAAGAGUCAUGGGAACGAUUAAAGAAUAAAGCAGAACCAAUGGCUGAGUGA